GGUGAUCACGGUGAAGCCGUGUAUGUGAUCCUUUCUGCGUAGCUAUAGUAGAGGCCUUAUUUUUGUAUGACCACACUGCUGCCGGUAACUGUGACAGCUGCAUAAACAGGAAAACAAAGUGUUUACAGAUUUAUCUCCACCCAGAAGUGCGAAGGUAAAAUGGAGAGGGAUGCCGCUGGUGAUGCAGAAAGGACCGAGCCGGUGUCGCCUUUGAGGAAAAAUACUAACGAAGGCACUCGCGCAGCUGAUUCCCACACCUCCCGGGUAGGGACCUGUACGAAUACUGAUGUCGCUCGAGCGAGGUGGACUCUGCUGAGACAGGUGUUGCGUCAGAAGCAGGUGGAGAGUCCGGAGGUCAAACAGGUGUCUGUUCGUAGGUUUGCCACAUUUGACCUAUUCAGCAGAAAAAGACUUGUGACACAAGACCAUAGCGAUACCUCAGAUGACCAGUGGGUGGAGUACAGAAGUGUCUACUUUCCUGAGUACAGUGCCUUACUUAGGGAUAACUUGGGGCCUCUUAGAGUCAAUGAAGUGCUCAGCAGUUUUGACAACACCGGUAAUGUCUGUGUGUGGCCAUCUGAAGAGGUGAUGGCGCAUUACUGCCUGCAGAAACGUCACAUGUUCAAGGGUGCAGUGUGUGAGCUAGGAGGAGGUAUGACUUGUCUUGGUGGGCUCAUGGUUGCCAUUUGUGCUGACGUGAAGGAAGUUCUGCUAUCAGAUGGGAAUGAGAAGUCCAUUCAGAAUGUUCGACGGCUGGUUGAGAGAAACAGGCAAGCUGGAAAGUUUGGCUCAACAUGUGUAUCUUCCAGGGUAGUAAGGUGGGACUGUGAGAUGGAUAUUUCUGCACUGGAGGGUCACUUUGAUAUCAUCAUGUGUGCAGACUGUUUGUUUCUUGACCAGUACAGAGCCAGCCUGGUUGAUGCUAUAAGGAGAUUACUGCAACCCAGCGGCAUGGCGUUGGUGUUUGCUCCUCAGCGAGGUGAAACUCUAAGACUGUUUUGUCAGCUGGCCCAGCAAGCUGGAUUUUGCAUCACUCAAUACCAGCAGUAUGAUGCUCAGGUCUGGGACAUCCACUUGAAGAUGCUGAGGGAGGGAAAAGACGUAUACGACGAGAAUAUCCACUAUCCUCUCCUCAUCACAUUGACCAAAGGACCUCAACCUGUCAGCCACACUCAGUAAAACAAGACAAGUGACCCUUCAACAGUUCAUAGUACCUUUGUACCACGUCAUAUUGCUGCAUAUGUAAGAAGAGCUGAAUAUUUCCUGACCAUAGUUUAGCAACCUUCCAUAUGCCUAAAAGCUGCUGUCCAUCUAAAAAAUAGUCACUUGCCUUUUAACCAGGUGGCCUGUCAUCCUUGUAACUGACCAAACACAUAAGCUCUAGUCAGCCUGUUGAUCAUCCCUUUUUCAAUCUUCCAUCCACAAAAGUGAAUCACAUUGCCAGUCAUCAACCAACCAGGUAACCUAUGAGUACUGUGUCAGACUUUCAAUGCCCUUCACUGUUAUUAAUCAGUCAUCAUCCUAUCUAUUAAACCAGUUAGUUGCUUAGUCAGUUAACCAGUUGUUCAGUCAGCUAGUUACGCUGACAUUUUCUCCAUCACUCCUAAUAUAGGUGGCACAUUCAGUCAGUUGCCCCCGCUUAACUAGUCAUCAUUAACCCAUGCCACUGUGUUUCUGGCCUCAGCGUGGAGGCCUGUUUUAAAUUCAUUAACUGUCUCAGGCUGUGGAGUGGCUCACAGUUUCCUGUUUCCUGCUUUAAUGUCUUUAAAUGCAACUCAUUCAUCCCAGUCAGAUUAAGAUAAGGUCAAUAUUAAGAACUUAUUUUGUACAUUACUUAGUACAGUGCAUUAACAUAUUAUGCUAAUUCCGACUAAGGAGCUACUGAUUAUACACAAUCUGUAGCUCCUGCUGCCCAGGAGCAGCAACGAGCGAUCUUCGAAGAUUUGUUGAUGUUAUAAUCUGUGUUUUAACUGUACUACUGACACUUGUUCUGAUCACCUCAAGCUUCUGCUUGACUGGUACUUUGUAAGGAAAAAAAAAAAAAAUCAAAGUGCUUUUGAUGAAAUUGCUAAUCAAACUCUUAUGUCAGCCUCAGCUGCAUAUUUUCAGCUGGCUGCAUUCAAAAGAAUUACUAACAGUGCAAGAUAUGAAACAUCUUUGUAACAAAAGUGGCACAGACAACUUAAAAGUGAACCACCUGAUUGUCAACAAUCUGAUCAUGUGGCAGCUUCUAAAAGCUCCUGGUUUGAACCUUCAGGACUUUGUGUGUGUGUGUGUGUGUGUGUGUGUGUGUGUGUGUGUGUGUGUGUGUGUGUGUGUGUGUGUGUGUGUGUGUGUGUGUGUGUGUGUGUGUGUGUAAAGAGAGAAGCAGUGCAUACACAAAUAAUAACUGAUAGAGUACCAUUUGCAUUUAUUGACAAGUGACCCCAAUACUGUGGAACCAAUUAAUAAUAUUAGUGGGUGAAGUAGAUGUCUUAAUUAUCCAUUGAUUUUCCACUGGCUACAGACAAUCUGCUGCAUUUCUAACUGGCGUGUUCACCAUGCUCUGUGACUUCAGCAUCUCAAUCUAAAGUCUUGCCAGCCAUGCCUCUUUUUGCUGGAGCAGCUUAGGUCUCUGAAUGUGAGACUAACUUUUGACUGUAUGUAAACACCUAUGUAUUAUAAUAACAUCUGGCAGGAUUAUUUUUAUUAAACAGAAGAUCUGUUUGUUGAUUAAGCAAAAAUAUUUUCAUGUUUUACGAUAUGGGAAAAUGGUUCUUUCUUGCCACAAAAACAUAAAAGAGCUGAAAGCAUAUAUUUUUGUGUGCAUGUAAAACAAAAGUUUCUAGUCUCUCCUGACAAAAUUGAAAAUCUUGUGGCUGAAGAACAGACCGCUGGAGCACGAGGAGCUACGUCCGGUGGACGUCCAGAUUCAGAAUAUGAUUUUAAAUUGAAAAACUUUGUGCAACAGUAUUUCUGAAAGCAAAGUCCCUCAAAAUCAAUCAAGAUAAUAUAAAUGUUAGAACAAUCGCUUUUAUUUCUGCUGCUUUGUCUUCCUGCUGUUCUACUCAGGUCUUUUCUCAUGCAGUCACCUGUUUCCUGCUUCUUUUUAAUGUUACAUAAAAAUAAAUAAAUAGUGAGUGCCAGUGGGUCACUUAAAUCUAAAGCUGUACUUUACACUGGGAGGGUGUUUCCAUAAUUCACUGUGAUUCAUUACCUUAAGCAGCCAAGAAGCUAUGCAGAAUCUCCUGGUGGCUGGUGUUUACAUUGCUCAUGUUAAAAAAAAAAAUCCGCCUUCAGAAAUGGGAGUGUAAAAGUACAGUAUGCCAGUUUAUCAGUUGUCUCUGAGGGUUUAAAUUGUUCUGCAAAACUGCUCCCAGUGUAAAAGUUUGGAAGGUUGUUUAAUAAUACAUAUUUUUUAAGAUAACAUAAAUGUCCUCCCAGCUGUGACUGAGUACAGUGACUUCAUCACUGUCUACUGUGAUGUCACCAGUGCUGACAGUGUGGCAUCAGGUAUCACUGUUUACUGCGGCAUCCAUGCUACCUUGCUGCUUCGCUCCAAAGCGCUGCCUGUGUUGUUGGCACGUUCAAACAUGAACACACGGUGAUGCCAUCAGUUCUGUAUUUGUGAUAUUAAUGCUUACACUUACCACUUCUCACUGUGAAACCGCUGACAGGCAGUGUUACUGUGGAUUUGCUGACUAAUACUGAGAAAUCCUUAAAAAAAAAAAAAAAGCAGGCCAAGUCCACACUAAUCUGUGAGUAUAAGUUUGGUUCACUUUUUCUCUGUUGAGCAUCUUUUUCUACACCUAACUUUUUUCAACCACCAGAAGCAAAAAUCCAAGAAAAAAACUACAAUUUGAAUAAAAUUGAAGCUGAUUAUAUUCUAUUGUAAAAUAACUACGUGACUUGAUGUACAGAUACCACCUCACCUGUCAUGUUAACGGUGUAGAAGAGUACCUUUAAGAAUUUUUAUAUUUGAGGGUUUUGAUGGCAUAAUGUUAGAAUAAAACUGCAGAUACAUCAGUAAAAAAUGUAUCCACUUUUCUGUGGACAUGGCCUCAUGUAGUGAGUUUCUCCAUUCAGUAUUUUCCUUCUGCUUCAAUGUAAAUGUAUGAGUGGGUGUGUUUUUGUUUUU